AUGCCUUACUUUCAAGGAGCGGAAAAACUCUUCUUGACUGUCUACAUCAUAACGUUUGUAACAGGUCUUCCUUUAAACAUCAUGGCCCUUUGUAUCCUCGUUAAAAAAUGUAGUCAGAAGAUCGUUCCUGUGGAUAUCUUGCUUUUCAACUUGACCAUUUCUGACCUGUUACUUCUCUUUUUCCUUCCAUUUCGUAUGGCGGAAGCUGCCUCUGGUAUGAGAUGGCUCAUACCUUAUGUCUUCUGUCCCUUGUCAGCUUUUAUGUACUUUAGCAGUAUAUACAUCACAUCACUUUUUCUUAUGGCUAUAAGUGUGGAGCGAUACCUGGCUGUUGCAUUUCCUAUCAAAUACAAGCUAUUAAGGAAACCGAUCUAUUCUGUGGUGGCAAGUGUCAUCAUCUGGGUCACAGCAACUGCUCAUUGUAGCAUUGUCUACAUUGUGGAACAUUUUGUAACAGAUAACAUGACUAUUGUCAACAUGACAGCUUGUUACGAUACAUUCUCACCAAUUCAAUUACAGGUUCUUCUACCUGUUCGAUUCGAAAUAUGUCUUCUUCUAUAUUGUGGUCCAUUGGUGGUCACUGUCUUCUGCUACACUAACUUUGUCAGGAUUCUCUCCAUGCAACCUCGAAUAAAGAAGAAGAGAAAACUUAGAGCAAUUGGGCUGUCAGUGGCCACUAUGAUCACUUUUAUGGUUUGUUUCUUGCCCUAUAAUGUGUCUCAUAUUGUCGGAUUUAUUGAAGGAGAAAGCCCAAAAUGGAGAGUAUAUGCCCUUCUUCUAAGCACAUUCAAUGCAAGUAUGGAUCCUAUUAUCUUUUACUUCUCUUGUGGCUCAUUAAAGAAGAUAUGUUUCCAGGGUAUGGUGCAGCUUAUAAAAAAGCUACACUUGGGGACAAAAUUAAGCCACAAUUUUAUCACACAAUGUGAGAAAGAAGCAGACAAUUCAAUUGCCUCUUCAUAA